GACAAAAGCAACCGGCCGUGCUACAAAGGAGAACAUUCGUCGUCGUCAUUUUGAAAAGAUUGGAAGUCAAAGAGCAGAGCGUCCACAGGUCGAAACUAGAAACAGUGAAGUGAAAAAUCUGCGUUUUUUGCGACUAAUUUCAUCAUCAAGUUGAAGGUUGAUCUUGUCUCGAUAAGUAAUUACCAGUCCCACAUAGGAAGGAAAAUCCCACCCUCCCCAAGAUGAGUCUCGUUUGGAGCCUGAUUGCCUCCUUCCUCUAUGUGGAGAUCUUCAUCGUGCUGAUGCUGGUGCUCCCGGUGGCCAGUCCCCAGCGAUGGCAGCGGUUCUUCAAGAGUCGCUUCCUGGCGAUGCUAAGCCGCCAAGCGCAGACCUAUUUCUACCUGCUGCUGUUCGUGCUGGUCCUGUUCCUGCUGGAGGCCAUCCGGGAGAUGCGGAAGUACUCGCAUGUCGGUGAGUUGCCCACUGCAGAUCCAGCCGCCGAACAGCACCUGAACGUGGGAAUGCAGCACAGCAUGCGGUUGUUCCGUGCCCAGCGUAACUUCUACAUCUCCGGCUUUGCCAUUUUCCUGUCGCUGGUAAUUCGCCGCUUGAUUUCGCUCAUCACAUCCCAGGCCCAACUGCUGGCCCAAUCGGAAGCCUCGAUGAAACAGGCCCAGUCAGCCACCGCCGCCGCCCGCAGUCUGCUCUCCCAGCAGAAGAAGGAAGAGGAAACCGGAGACAAGCCAAAGCCCUCGGCUCCAUCAGCUGACGAAGUUAGUGCUGACGAACUUAAAAAGCGCAUUGCCGAGCUCGAAUCGGAACUGAAUCGUGAACGUAAAGAUAAGGAAGCGAUGAAGUCUCAAUCCGAGAGUCUUAACCGCGAAUACGACAGGCUGACUGAAGAGUAUAGCAAGCUGCAGAAGAAGAUUGCCAUCUCCAGCAAUGACAAGAGUGACUAAACAUUACGAAGUUUAGUAACCAUUUAGAUGUGUAGAGUUGGUUUUCAUCCUGGGUUAUCCACUUCGAUAGGGUUCAUUGCAUAACUAUUCACUUAUCCAUUGUGUUGACUACUGAUAUCACUAUUCACUCACAUUACUAUCAUUUUUUAAACUAAUUCCAAACCGUUUCUAAAUCUAGUUUAUCUACUCCCGAAAAAUACUGUUGGACAACUGUUUCGUAAUUCACAACAAACUUAAAAUUAUUAUAAAGAGAAAAAUAAUGAAGCUAAUCACUUCUUUUUUGACAACGUGGAUAUGGUUAAACAUGAUCAAGAAGACUUAUUGUACGACAUAUGCAACAAUGUUCUUAUGUAUUUAGAUGCUUGAAUAUUCAAAUAAAAUAAAAGAAGGUUUAAAUAAAUA